UCAACGACGAAGUGUUAUCUUCACCCACAACGGAUCCCGCGUAGCCACCAACUCAUCUCGGAUCCCUGCCGGCCACGACUCGUAAUUCACACCAGCCAUCUUCUCAAACCGGAACACUUUCAUCACGGGCCCAAUCGAGAACGGGAUAAACCCAGCGAGAUCGUGCGUGAAUCUGUGUGCUUCUGCCGGUAACCACCGGUCGGGAUUGAACUCCUCUGUCUGAGGAGAAAAGCACUCGGGCCGUCGGUGCAUAGCGUACGGGGGUAUGCAGAUGUUGGUGUCAGGCGGGAUGGACUUUCCCCCGACAACUUUGCCGCCCGUUCUCGUUCCAUUCGUCAAGACCGGUGGAUGAAGUCGCAGAGUUUCGUUUCUUCCCCGCAAUCAGAAAGCGACGGGACGGAGGAGAGAAUCCACGCACAAGCACGCUGCCAAGUAAUGCAGCUGGGGAUGCCUGCUGGUGUUAUAAACAAC